AAGAUAAGUCAAAAUGAAAGUAUCCACUUCACUAUAAACCUUCUAAAGAGUAAAGAGAGGGUUUGUGUUGUAGACUUGUAGUUGAACAAAGAUGGAGGAAAGACUGAUUUCAUCAUCAUCUUCUAAAUCUUUCUUUCUUUUUUGGGCAAUUAUGGUUCUUCAUUUCCUGCUUAAAGCUUCUUCCAAUCCAGAAGGUGAUGCACUGAUUACAUUGAAGAGGAACUUGAAGGAUCCUAAUAAUGUUCUUCAAGAUUGGGAUGCUACACUUCCAAAUCCAUGCACAUGGUUUCAUGUUACGUGCAAUCAACAUAACAGCGUGAUCGCCGUUGAUCUUGGAAAUCAGGACCUUUCUGGUACACUGGUUUCACAACUUGGCGAUCUCUCAAAUUUGCAGUACUUGGAACUUUAUAACAAUAGUAUAACUGGUAAAAUCCCCGAAGAGCUAGGAAAUUUGGCAAAUUUGGUUAGCUUGGAUCUUUACUUGAACAAUAUAAGUGGUACUAUACCCAAUACAUUGGGCAAGCUUCAAAAACUACACUUCCUGCGUCUCAAUAAUAACACUUUGAGUGGCCGCAUUCCCGUGUCUUUGUCAAAUGUUUCUACGCUGCAAGUUCUUGAUCUCUCAAACAACAAUCUAGAAGGGGAUGUUCCAGUGAAUGGUUCAUUUUCAUCAUUUACCUAUGUCAAUUAUCAAAAUAAUCCUCACUUGCAACCGCCAAAAAUAAUUCCUCCACCGCCAUCACCAGCUUCUUCAGGUAGUCAAAAUACUGGAGUUAUUGCAGGAGGAGUUGCUGCUGGUGCUGCUCUGUUGUUUGCUGCCCCUGCAAUUGCACUUGCUUAUUGGAGAAAAAGAAAGCCACUCGAUCAUUUCGAUCACGUCUUUGAUGUUCCUGGUGAGGAGCAUCCUGAAAUUCACCUUAGUCUGCCUAAAAGGUUUUCCUGGCGUGAGCUGCUAGUAGCGACAGAUAAGUUCAGUAACAAAAACAUAAUAGGCAGAGGUGGAUUCGGAAAAGUUUAUAAAGGACGUUUAGCUGAUGGCACCCUUGUAGCCGUAAAAAGACUUAGAGAGGAAAGGACACAAGGUGGGGAGCUACAAUUUCAAAUAGAAGUUGAAAUGAUCAGUAUGGCUGUGCAUCGCAAUUUGCUCCGGCUUCGUGGUUUUUGCGUAACAUAUACUGAACGUUUGCUUGUGUAUCCUUAUAUGGCCAAUGGAAGUGUUGCAUCAUUUUUACGAGAACGUAGUGAAUCCGAUCCGCCACUUGAGUGGCCAAUACGGAAGAAUAUUGCGCUGGGAUCUGCCAGAGGGCUUGCUUACUUGCACGACCAUUGUGACCCCAAGAUUAUUCAUCGUGAUGUGAAAGCUGCAAACAUAUUUCUGGAUGAGGAAUUUGAAGCAGUUGUUGGACAUUUCGGUGUAGCAAAGCUUAUGGAUUACAAAGAUACACAUGCUACUACUGCUGUUCGUGGUACGGUUGGGCAUAUAGCACCUGAGUACCUGUCAAGAGGAAAGUGUUCAGAAAAGACGGAUGUUUUUGGAUACGGUGUGAUGCUUCUCGAACUAAUAAAUGGUCAUAAUGCUAUUGAGCUUGGAUGUCUUGCCAAUGAUGAUGAUCUGAUCUUGUAUGAUUGGGUUAAAGGACUUGUGAAAGACAAAAAGUUAGCUACACUUGUAGAUGCAGAAUUAACUGGAAAAUAUGAUUUUGAUGAGGUGGAGCAGUUAAUCCAAGUGGCUUUACUAUGCACACAAUGGUCUCCAAUGAAAAGACCAAAGAUGUCAGAGGUUGUGAGAAUGCUGGAAGGUGAUGGUUUGGCAGAAAAGUGGGAGCAAUGGAAGAUGCAUCACCUGAAUGCAAAGUGGAUAGAGUUAGAUUCAACUGAACGUUUCGAGGGAGAGGAACUCCCAGGUCCUAGAUGAUCGAUCCCUUUGAAGAUUCUAUCGCAUCGACAAGUGAAUACACAAUUCGUCUGCCUGAAAAAGAUAAACUUCAUUAUUUGUACUCUACUCUAGAAAACCAGAAGUGUCACACGAGAUCGUUAAUUUUCUUCCUCCUCUACUCUAGAAAAGUAAAUGUGUAAUGUAGCUAAAAAAUCUCAAUGGCUAACAUAGUGUUGUCAGUAUGAAUAAAAGCACUUUGUUUAUCACUAAUGAUGAGAGGAAGAAUAUUCUUCCAAUCGCUUAUUCUCUUCGCCUCAGAAGCACUUUGUCUGUAUGAAACAAUUUGUACAUAUAUUUUUCACCA